GUUGUAGGCUGAUGACAGUGAACGUCAGAAUUUUGUCCAGUUUAAAAUAGCUUUUUCUUCGCAAAAAUGCCACUUGCGGCCGCAAAACUACCACCAAACUGUAGAGGGAGAAAUUCUGUUUCAGAAAAUCGCGAGCUUUCCCCGGGGAAAUCCGUAAAAUCUAGAAAUAUCGGCGGAACUAGACGCACAGCGUUUCCUUUUCGACGCUAAACAAAUGAACUCUUGGUUGCCCUGCGCAACCCACCACCAAAACCUAACCUCACUAGUUAAAGUGCGGUAAACCGUCAAGUUUCAAAGUGUGAAUGCAACUAAAGUGUCUUUUUCUUAAUAAAAAUGGACUGUGGCAAGGGCAGCUCAGUGUGCCUGGUUGGGGACAACCUGGACUAUGUGUUAUUCAAGGUGGAAUUGGUGGGAGUGACCAAAACCCGUUAGUAAUUGGGGCUUUUCAGUUGGCAAUAGAAGCGGCUUCACGGGGCCGAAGAGUGUGGUUCAUAUCAGUGAAGCCCGUUGAGAAGGUGCCCCCUGAAAUCGAGCCCCCCUGCAAGCAGAUACUGCAGCUGAUUACUUUCAUAUAUCUAAGUGAUUUCGCGAGGCUAAUGAGGCAUCUGAAUGGCAUUCACAAGUGGAAACAUCUGCCCUCAGUUGUUGUAGUGAAUGGCUUUGAUGCUUAUUGCGAUCAGUCGGGGUGCGGAUUAAGUUCAAGGGGCGCAGCCUUUUUAAUGGCGACCCUCUUAGACUGUUUGAGGUUUUUGGGCAAGAAACAAGCGUGUAGUUCUGUGCUGGUUAUAUCUUGUUCUAAGAGUGCGUUGAGUCAAGCAGCCCCAGCCGAUAGCGUAAAGGUUUUAGUCGACAUGUACUUGGAUUUCUUUUUCCCACCUGUGGAGGAUUCUGCCGGAUUGUUGGAGAGAAUCAAGGCUCUGGAUUUACUUAAUUAGUUUAAUUGGCGAUUGAAAAUACAUGUUUUAAUACAGCACUAGGGUUAAUAUAAAUAGACUAUAAAAAUACAA